AUGUUUAGGGAUGCCCGCAAUGCAGGACAACGCCCUAACUGGCUGGGUGAACACAUUUGGAACUCUUUACUGGCCCAUUGGAAUACAGUAGAGUUCCGUAAUAAGUGUGCCAAAGCCCAGCGGAAUAGAGCGUCUGAAAGGGGUGGCACCCUGCAUACUGGUGGGUCGAUCACCAUUCAUGAGCAUGCCAUUCGUAUGGCACAGGCUCUAGGACGGGCGGUCCAUGUUGAUGAGGUCUUUGCACAGACUCAUGUUCGGAAGGGAACUAAUCAAUUUGUUGAUGAAAGAUCUCGGAAGACUCAUGAAGACUUUUCUACGAGACUUUCACAGGUUAGAUCUGAACAUGAGUCAGCUCCUACACCGGAUGAUGCCAGUAAUGCAGAUGAUGACAUCCGUAGGACACAGUGCUGGAUCGACAUCGUUGGUGGGAAGAAAAAGGGACGAGUGUAUGGUGCGGGACAGCUUGCUGAACUCCAUCAACGUGACCAGGAGAUCACUGAUCUCAUAGCAGAGUUUACAAAUUUUAAGGCCAUGGUCAUGAGAGUCUUGCCUCAAACCUCACAGGACGAACAAAAUAUCCCUCCCACCCAGUGUGGGUUGCAAAGAAAAACCAUUUCUCUGAAACCUGCUCCGCAUUUUACCGAAGGCUUUUGA